AUGGUAUCCACACAGCAACUGGCUGUUCUGUCAGCUUUUGUCACUUUGUUCUUUGCCCUCAGGAAGCUAUUUAGGACCAAAAAGGCUGGGAAAUUGCCACCUGGUCCAAAGGGAAAACCUAUUAUUGGAAAUUUGCUUGAUCUACCUCCUGCGGGUCAACAGGAAUGCGUUCAUUGGUUUAAACAUAAAGAGGUUUAUGGCCCUCUCAGCUCUAUCACAGUUCUCGGGAAGACAAUUAUCAUAAUCAAUGACAGAAAACUGGCACUUCAAAUCCUGGAAAAGAACUCCGCGAAGCAUUCCUCUCGUCCUCGGCUUGUCUUUGCCGAUGAGCUAUCCGGAUGGGGAAAUGCCCCCUCAAGCCAAGACAACACCGCCCUUUUGAGGUCUUACCGACGGGCCAUGGCAAAGGUUAUUGGAACACGCACUUCUGCAUCUCGGUUCGAUGGUCUUUUGGAAGACGAAACUCGCCGUUUCAUUUGGCGUGUUCUUCAGACCCCUGAGAGAUUCGUUGACCACAUUCGAACAUAUGAACAAAGUGAGGCUGGUGCUUUCAUUCUGAAGAUCACAUAUGGCUAUAGCAUUGAGCCUCAUGGAGAGGACCCCCUUGUGACCCUCGCCGACUUGGCGCUUCAACAGUUUUCAAAUGCCAUUGUCCCAGGUGCAUGGCUUGUUGAUAUGGUUCCUGCGUUGAAAUACAUCCCAGAUUGGUUUCCUGGUGCAAAUUUCAAGAAAAUCGGUCGCCAUUAUCUCGAGACACUGACCAAGCUGGUUGAGGACCCACUUGCAUUCACUAAAUAUCAAAUGAAGGAGAAGAAAGAACGACAAUCGUUCACUUCCACGCUUUUGGAGCAAGGGGAAGAUGAAGGGAUUAUCAAGUGGUCUGCUGUCGCGCUAUACGGUGGAGGAGCCGAUACGACCGUUGCCGCUCUGGAAGGGUUCUUUCUGGCUAUGGCGCUUUUCCCAGACGUUCAGCGCAAGGCACAAGAGGAAAUCGACCGAGUGUUCGGCAAGGCAUAUUUCCCUACAAUGGCCGACCGAUCGAAGUUGCCAUAUGUCGACGCAGUUGCGAAAGAAGCUCUCCGGUGGCAUACAGUUGCAAAUCUCGGUGUUCCUCACAGAACCGAUGAGGAUGAUGUUGUGGAUGGAUUUCUCAUUCCGAAAGACGCUAUGCUGCUUCCUAACAUUUGGUCUUUUAACAACGACCCCGAGGUUUACCCCGAGCCUCGGGCAUUUCGCCCAGAGCGAUACAUCCCCUCUGAAGGGUGCGACGUGGAGCUUGAUCCUGCUGAAGUAAGUUUCGGCUUUGGCAGACGAGUUUGCCCCGGUCGGCAAAUCGCCGACGCUUCGCUUUUCCUCACCAUCUCAAACACACUGGCCGUUUUUGAUGUGAAGAAGCCACUUGGCAAAGACGGCAAAGAGAUUGAGCCACCUCAGGAUUUCACUCCGGGAAUUAUUAGCCACCCGAUUCCUUACAAGUGCAGAAUUAUCCCACGCACGGAAGAGCAUGAACAGCUCAUUGUCGAUUUUGAGAAGUACCAUCCAUUCGAGACCAGUGAUGCAGAUGACUUGGAUAAAGCGCUGAGGGUGAACUAG